AUGGGCCGGACUGCCGCGUUGAAGCGGGAGCCGACCGUGAAGCCCGAGCCAGACGUGCCCCCGACGGCGGCGCCGGGCGCGGGCCUCGAGGACGAGGUCGGCCACGUGCAGAACAAGUGGCAGCUACUGCCGUACUUUCUGCAGCUGCGCGGCCUCGUCAAGCAGCACAUUGACUCGUUCGACUACUUCACCGAGGUCGACAUGAAGAAGAUCGUGCGCGCGCAGGCCAACAACACGAUCCGGUCGGACCACGAUCCAAAGUUCUUCCUCACGUACACGGACAUCUCGGUCGGCACGCCCUCGAUCGACGAGGACGCGUACCUGACGACGCCGGUCACGCCGCACCAGUGCCGCCUCCGCGACCGCACCUACUCGGCGCCGAUCUACGUCUCGGUCAAGUACCGCCUCGGCACCAAGGUCGUGACGCGCAACAAGGUGACGAUCGGCCGCAUCCCGAUCAUGCUGCGGUCGGCCAAGUGCGUGCUCAAGGAGAAGGGCGAGGCCGAGCUCGCGGCGCUGAAGGAGUGCCCGUACGACCCGGGUGGUUACUUUGUCGUGAAGGGCACGGAGAAGGUCGUGCUCAUUCACGAACAGCUCUCGAAGAACCGCGUGAUCCUCGAGGAAGACGGCAAGAAGAACGUGUGCGCGUCCAUCACGUCGUCGACGCACGAGCGCAAGUCGCGCACCAACAUCUUCCUUAACAAGGGCAAGAUCUACCUCAAGUCCAACUCGUUCACGGACGACCUCCCGAUCGUGGUCGUCUUUCGCGGCAUGGGCAUGACGUCCGACCAAGAGAUCGUGUCGCUCAUCGGGCACGAGCCGGAUGUCAUGGACCACUUUGCAGCGUCGAUCGAGGAGUCGUCGGACCUCAAGAUCUUCACGCAGACGCAGGCGCUGCAGUACAUUGCGACCAAGAUGAAGCUGCGGACGGGCGCCAACCCGCUCGACGCGGCGCUCGAUGGGCUCGCAAACGUGCUCAACCACAUCCCGUGCGAGAACUUCAACUUUCGCAUGAAGUGCAUCUACGUGGCCCACAUUGUGCGUCGCAUCAUCUUCACGGACAAGGACCGCACGCAGCUCGACGACAAGGACUACUACGGCAACAAGCGUCUCGAGCUCGCGGGCCAAUUGCUCUCGCUCUUGUUUGAAGACCUCUUCAAGAAGUUCAACAGCGACCUCAAGCGCCAGGCCGACAUGGUGCUCAACAAGCCCAACCGCGCGGCGGCCUUUGAUAUCCUCAAGUGCAUCCGCACCGACACGAUCACGUACGGCUUCAUCCACUGCCUCUCAACGGGCAACUGGACGCUCAAGCGCUUCCGCAUGGACCGGUCGGGCGUCACGCACGUGCUCUCGCGGCUCUCGUUCAUGUCGGCGCUGUUUGAGAAGACGCGCAAGGUGUCGGGGCCGCGCUCGCUGCAGCCGUCGCAGUGGGGCAUGCUGUGCCCGGCCGACACGCCCGAAGGCGAAGCCUGCGGUCUCGUCAAGAACCUUGCGCUGCUCUGCCACGUGACGUCGGACGAAGAGCCCGAGCCGAUCCGCCGCCUCUGCUUUGACCUGGGUGUCAACGACGUGUGUCUCUCGUCGGGCGAAGAGAUCAACCACCCGACCACGUACCUCGUCAUGCUCAACGGUAUCAUCAUUGGCACGCACGUCAACCCGAAGCUGUUUGUGUCGCGCCUCCGUCGCAUUCGCCGCGCCGGUCUCCUCGGCGAGUUUGUGUCGGUCAUGAUCCACGACGUGCAACGUGUCGUGUACAUUGCGUCGGACGGCGGCCGCGUCUGCCGCCCGCUGCUGCUUCUGGACCCCAAGACGCACCGCCCACUGCUCACGCAGCGCCAGCUGAACGAGCUCCAGGCCGGCGUGCGGCCGAUCUCGUCGCUCAUCAAGGAGGGUGUUGUCGAGUACGUGGACGUGAACGAAGAGAACAACUGCCUCAUCGCGUUGCACGAACGCGACAUUGACGCCAAGACGACGCACCUCGAGAUCGAUCCGGUCACGAUCCUCGGCGUCGUCUCGGGGCUCAUUCCUUACCCGCACCACAACCAGUCGCCGCGCAACACGUACCAGUGCGCCAUGGGCAAGCAGGCCAUCGGCACGAUCGGCAUGAACCAGUACGAGCGCAUCGACACGCUGCUCUACACGAUGGUGUACCCUCAAGCGCCGAUGGUCAAGACGCGCGUCUUGGACUUGGUCAACUUCGACCAAGUGCCCGCGGGCCAGAACGCGACGGUCGCCGUCAUGAGUUACUCUGGCUAUGACAUUGAAGAUGCCAUCGUGCUCAACAAGGCGUCGCUCGACCGCGGCUUUGGGCGCUGCAUGGUGUUCAAGAAGUACCAGACGAUCGUCAAGCGGUACCCGAACAACACGUACGACCGCAUCGUCGGACCGCCCGACUUUGAAGGCGCCGGCUUCGCGACCUCGUUCCGCAACCAGCGCUACGCGUCGCUUGACGCGGACGGCAUUUGCCGCGUCGGUGGCCAAGUGGUCUCGAGCGGCAUCCUCAUCAACAAGGAGUCGCCCGCCAACGUCGACUUGACGACCGAGACGCCGGACGUGUCGUACAAGCCGUCGCCUGUCUCAUACAAGAACUCGGUGCCGGGCUACAUCGACAAGGUCAUGCUCACGUCGUCCGAGUCGGACCAGUUCCUCAUCAAGGUGCUCAUUCGCCAAACGCGCCGGCCCGAGAUCGGCGACAAGUUUUCCAGUCGCCACGGUCAGAAGGGUGUCUGCGGUACCAUUCGCCAACAGGAGGACAUGCCCUUCAACGACAUUGGUAUGUGCCCGGACCUCAUCAUGAACCCGCACGGUUUCCCGAGUCGCAUGACGGUCGGCAAGAUGAUCGAGCUUGUGGCCGGCAAGGCCGGCGUCCUCAGCGGCCGGCGCGCAUACGGCACGGCCUUUGGCGAAGACUAUGGCAGCGCCGACAAGGUGCUUGACUGCUCGCGCGAACUCGUCGGCCACGGCUUCAACUACGCCGGCAAGGACUACUUGACGUCGGGCGUCACGGGCGAGCCGAUCCUGUGCUACAUCUUCAUGGGCCCUAUUUACUACCAAAAGCUCAAGCACAUGGUCAUGGACAAGAUGCACGCCCGUGCGCGUGGCCCCCGCGCAGUCCUCACGCGGCAGCCCACGGAAGGUCGCGCCCGCGAUGGUGGUCUGCGUCUCGGCGAGAUGGAGCGCGAUUGUCUGAUCGGCUACGGCGCGAGCAUGCUUCUGCUGGAGCGACUCAUGCUGAGUUCGGACGCGUUCACGGCCAACGUGUGCCAGGGCUGCCAAAUGCUGGGCUACGAAGGCUGGUGCCAGUACUGCAAGUCGGAAGAGAAGGUGGUCGAGAUCCGCAUCCCGUAUGCGUGUAAAUUAUUGUUCCAGGAGCUGCAAGCGAUGAACAUUGCGCCUCGCCUGACCUUGCAAGAGUACUAA